AUGCCACCAAGACGUAGACGUGGUCCAAGAGUGGAGAACAAUGUGGGGGAACAGACAGAGGGAAGUGUCGGGAAUCCACCCCCACCUCCACCACCACCUCUACCCCAACCAAACGAAAGGGAAUACAUCAAGGCCUUUCGAAAAGAGAACCCACCCAAGUUUGAUGGAUUGGGAGAGCCCCCGAAGGCGGAGGCAUGGGUACGAGACCUUGAGCGUAUCUUUGACUUUAUGGGAUGCACUGAUAAGGAACGUCUGGCUUGCGUGACUUAUCCACUGACAGGACCCGUUGAUUUUUGGUGGGAAACUAAGAGGAGGACCAUGGACCCCGCUCGCCGUGAGGCGCUUACUUGGGAAGAAUUUAAGGAAGAAGUGUACAACAAAUAUGUUCCCAUGAGUUAUCGGCAAUCGAAAGUAGUGGAGUUCCACACCUUAAAACAAGGAAACAUGACGGUCACGGAGUACGACCGCGCUCUAUGUGCGAUGACCCGGUAUGUGUCAGAAUUGGUAGACACAGACGAGAAGAUGGCGGAGAAGUUUCGUUCUGGCCUUAGACCCGAGAUAAGGGCAGCUGUGGCCAGCCGCAGGGGAAUUCCUUAUUCUGAGGUGUUGGGUUGCGCCUAA